GGACGUGUUUCUGCGCACCAUUCAGCCCCAGAGGAAGUACGUGGUGAUCAUGAUGGACCACGGCAACUCCCUCAGCCCCACACAGCUCAAGACGGCCAAGGCCAUCACCAAACACCUCAUCGCCUCCUUCUCCGACAACGACAGGAUUGGUGUGAUUGCUCUGUCGAACAAGCCGCAGUACCCGCGGUCAGACCCGUGUCUUCCCCACACCAUGGUUCCCGCCACGUUUGAGACGAGGUUCUACUUCAGCAAGUUCAUCGAUCAGCUGGAGAAGGUGGAUGUGUCUACCAACCACUCCCUGGGCUUCCUCACAGCUUUUGAGAUGAUUGAGGACCUGAUGGAAACCGAUUCCAUUACUGGCAAUGCCAUGAUCCUGUACGUGAGCAGGGGGCUGUUGUCCUCGCUGACGGAGGCCCGGGAAGUGAUGGACGUGGUCGCCGUGCACAACGCCAAGACUGGACACAAGGUCAUCAUCAACACGUACGCUGUCAUUGAUGAUGGCAAGACAAUCAUGUAUGAGAAAAGUUUCCUGAAGGAUGUGGCUUAUCAGAACUUUGCCAAAUACGAUGUGCAGUACAGGCUGAAGACUCCUGUCAUUAGAGGCAUAAUGAUGGCCAUCAACUCAACUCGGGACUUGAGCUCCAGUGUUGGGAGAUUUUACCUCCCCUUGAACCGCACCGCCAAAGACGAUCCUGUCUUUUCCUUGCCAUACAUCGACGAGGCUGAUGGCGCCCUGACCAUGAGCCUGAGCCAGACGUGCAUCCACACCCUCCCGGACCAGCCGGACCUGCAGCACCUGAUUGGCCUGGUGGGCAUGGACCUGCACAUGGAGGACGUGGCCCAGGAUAUCACCUACUACAGCUACGCCGACAGCUCCUACGCCUUCAUCGUCACCCCGCAGGGUUUCACCAUCAUGCACCCGUCAUUUCAACGUCCUCUGCGAACAAAUAUUCAGCCGAUGCACACCGACAUCCGCCACUUUGAGCAGCAUGCUGGUUUUCACACGGUGCGCUCGGCCAUUUUGAGCGACAAGGAGGGCGAGAUGAAUCUGUUGCUACGCGUCAGUAACCAGACGGGGCCUGAUGGCCUGCCCAUGAAAGUGGAGCAUACAGCCAAAUACGUGUGGAAAAAGGUGGAAGGCAUACCCUUCAUUGUGGUCAUCAAAGCUUACUACGACAAAAGGGAACAAAAGCAGCUGAAAAAUAUCCUCAUGCACAACCAGCCGGACCUGGUGUACCAUCGUCUGGACCUGUUCCCCAACGAAAACAUGUGCUAUCACCUCAAACAGCUGUCUACUCCAGAUCUGAGCACAGUGUUCCUGUCGGCGAACAGUUUCAUCAACCCGUUUGAGCACAUCAGUCAGCAGGAGACGAAGCGUACAGUACAGAGUUACAUCGCCUACUUGAAAGACGACACUCGCCUCAUCACUAAUCCGGGGCUGAAGUCUGCGGUCCGCAACGAUGUUGCCGCUACCAGUCGCAUCAAUGAUGAGUGGCAGCGUAGGUUUCAAGCGAGUGACCUGAAUGACUAUAUCGUCCGCAGAUAUGUGAGCACUCCCAGUGGCGUGUUGCGGACUUUCCCCGGCACUCUCUUGGACAAAAUGUUUGAUCCGACAAAAAGAGAAUGGUACACAAGAGCUCUGGAAUACCCCGGCCACGUCACGCUGUCUGCACCGUACCUUGAUGUGGGCGGGGCUGGAUACAUCGUCACCAUCAGUCACACAAUCUUUGAGGGCCGGCCGGCAGCAAUGCACAGUCCCCUGGACAAAGUGGUGGCUGUGAUGGGAAUGGAUAUCACCCUCGGCUACUUCCACAAACUGCUGGCCACAAGUAUCAAGCCCUGUGAAAGUAAAGGUGUCAGAUGUUUCCUGAUGGAUGACAAAGGCUACCUUAUCGCUCACCCCGGACUUAUUGACCCCACGGGGAAAGGACCGGCCGAGCAGAGACACAUCACUCACAUGGAGCCUCUUGUAGCCAACGACAUCCUCAACCACAAGGGCUUUGUGCAGAAGAAAUUGUGCAACAGAUACAACGAUCGCACGGUGCAGCGAUACUUCACGUUCAAUACCAGCUUCACGGGAACCUUGACUAAUCUGGUCCAUGGGGAGCAAUGUGCAAGAUAUCAGAUCACCCACAUCACGGGCACUAACGCUUUCCUUGGCCUGGUGAACAACAGCUGUGAGACAGCCACUGCUUUCUGCCCCUGCAGCAUGUACGACCGGCUGUGUCUCAACUGUAAGCGCAUGGAGCAGACGGAGUGCGAGUGUCCCUGUGAGUGUCCGCUGGAGAUGGACUUCUGUUCUGGUCAGCUCCUGGACAGUGAUGACAAGAACCCAAGUUGUCCCCAUGACCCAGAGAGGGAAAAGCUGGCUAUAUCAGAGACCAUUUUCCAGGUGGAGCUGGACCAGUGCUUUGAGCCGAAAUGUGAACAGAGGAAGACCAAGCUGGACUGUAUGGGUGUGGUGGACUGUCAGUGGUGCCAGCUGCAGAAGGACGGGAAGAGCCCGCUGGACGCUCCCUACUGCUCCUCCCAGAGGGUCUGCUUCGGUGGAGUGGUGGGGGCGCACUCGCCGUACGGGGACGAGAUCAGUGCAGCAGCAGACAGCGUGGAGCCCGUGGGCAUGAAGAGCACGCCGGUGGGGCCCGUGGCGGGCGGCAUCAUGGGCUGCUUCCUGCUCCUGGCGCUGGGCGUCUACUGCUACCGGCACCACGUGCACCGCCACAGCCACCACUACAUCAGCACGCUGCCCGACAACACCAACCGCAUCUCACACUACUACAACGACGAGGAGCAGGAGGCUACCGAGGACAUCAGCACCGGAGAGUGUCACACCAACUUUGUCCUGGCGUCCCUGGAGAACCCGGCCAGCGUGUCACCGUACCGCGUGAACACCUCGUACCGCCGGCCGGCCGGCGGCGACAGCGACCACGGCUACAGCACCAUGACCCCCCACGAGGACAGCGAGCACGCCUCCAUCCCCUGCCUAGACCCCUUCAGUAUUGGCAAGGACCGCUUCCGGCCACCCACCUCCCUGUCGCUGGGCAAGACGCCCGCCCUCCCCCCUCCCCCCGCGUCCUCGUCGCGGCGGAGUCGCAGCCCCACCCCUCCACAGACGAGGCUCUCCACUCACAUUUACUCCGCCAUCCCAGAACAGACUGUGUUGCCCACGGCAACAGAUUUCGGAGGCGGGGGAGGUGGGAUUGGCCCCACGACGGUUAUACCCGAACGCAGCGGGCCCCAUAAUAUUUUAGCCAACGUGCAGGUGCACAUGGUAGACUCUCACUGAGCCUUGAUGCUCGCCACCGACACUUUCUCUCGCACAAUAGGACAAGGUUUUUAAAAUCUUUUUUGUCUGAAAAAUAACAUAACGUGGUUCAAGCUGUCAUAAUAGAAACCUUCAUCGACUCUGUGUCCCUCGAUGCUCCCGCAGUAUUCCCUCUAGGCUUUUCCUCGGCUGUACGGUGCAUCCACAGUACUCCCCUCUGGGCAAUACUGUGGGAGUAUUUGUCUGUAACGUACCCGAAGAAGGAAGGGGGUCAGCUUGUGAGGGGCGACUGAGGCAUGGCCAGACAGAUGGAACAGUUAACAGCUGCCGAGCCUAGAGGUGACUUCAUCCGUCAGUCAUGUGGGCUGAAGAUGGGACACCCUACUGCUAAGAUGGGACACUAAACCGCUAAGAUGAGAGACUAAACCGCUAAGAUGGGAGACUAAAACAAAAAAAUGUUUUGUUUAUACGAGGCGGGACAGAAAGAACUCUUGUAUAGUGAGAGCUGCUGCUGCUGACUUGGGAGGCACAGACCACCAGCACAGACAGUCAUUUUGUGAUAAUUCUUUGUUCGGGGGGGAAGACAACCACCUUUUUGUUUUGUUCAAGCAUCUGAUGGAUGGACUACACCCCACCACCACCCCACCACCCCCUCAGUGACUGCCGUCGUGCUAGAAGAGGCAAGAGGGGUGUUCAUCGUUUGGUUGUUCACGCCUUUGUUUUAUUUUAUCAGCUGCCAAAUGUGUGAGUGAGAUGUUCAAGUUGUACUGUGUGUGUGUGUGUGUGUGUGUGUGUGUCUGGAGUGGUAGCGAUAACUUGUGAUGUGUGGGAGGGCUGGGUGUUUUGGUCAAUGACAACGAAUGAGUGGAAUUAGUGGAAAUAUACAACUCUCACUGGCUGUGAAUGCGUUGAGGGACGUUGAAUGUCGAAGGACGUUGAAGGACUGAAUGUCUCUCAUUGAUAGCAGCGGAAAGAUUUCUCUUUGUAAUAAUCUUGGGAUUGAAGCUAUUGUCAAAUUUAAUUUCUUUCUUUGUCGAUAGGAAAAUGAAAACGAAAGUGAAACAGACUAAAUGAUGAGUGGAAAGGAAAGUAGGCUCAGCGGCUCAUAUUGUAGGUAGGUGUUAUUUUUGGGAAUUGCUGUCAAGAGGGUACUAAAAAAUGAGCAGAAAAACUUAUAAAAGUUUUUUUUAAAAAUCCUUUCCGCAUUUCGUGAAGUUGCGCAAGUAAAACACAUUCUUCCCUAUAUUCUCCACCCCCCCAACCUCUAGGGCAGACCCCCUCAACUAUCACCUAGGCAGCAGUAUGUUUUGAUUUGAAUGCCUUUCGCAUUUGCCGAAAAAAAGUUUUUUGCUUUAACAAUUUUUUUGGGGGGGCGGUGUAUUUGUAGUAUUACAGACAGAUAAAGUACUAGUGGGCAUUAGUUUACAGAGUCUGUCACGAUAAUAAUAAUAUCACCUAUGAUAGGAAGCUACCUCUUCUUCUUCUUCUCCAGAACAUCCUCCCCGCGUGUACGAGAUGUUGAGAGUGUUGCGAUGGAAUGUGCGAACUAUUUCUUGACUGUGAUGAGAAUUGAUAUUGCGUGAUGUUUGCCGAUUUGUCUCAAAAUGUUUUUUUUAAAGUUCUGGCUGAUCGGGAUGAUGAUGAUGAUGAUGAAUGAUGAUGUCUACUGUCCUACCUACUGUCAUGGUUUUGUGUUCCUUCUCCCACCCGUUUAUGCAAUUGCACGUGGCGUUCACGUUCAUUGAUGUCCUAUCUCAGAAAUAUAAUAUGUGUAAAAUCUGCAUUGUCACCUGCACAACUGUACAAAGUGGAAACCGCUCUCUCUGGUGGUCCCGACUUAUGAAUGAUGCUAGUGAAUGAAGGUGUUUUGUUUUGGGUUUGUUUUUCUGUUGUUUUUUUUUUUUUUUUCGGUUCACAGCAUUAGUACAACAUAUACAGGAAUGUACAGUUGCCCACAUAAUAAAUAUAUAUAUAUAUGAGAAUCUAGGGCAAAUAAGGUCAAAGGGUCAGUAUCUAUGUCUGUCGUUCUAGAAACUAAAGCGAGGUGGUGAAUUGUAAACUUGUAAUGGGGAAAGCAAUUUAUACGCGAAUUUU